GUGAGGCAUUCGAGCGCUUGAGACAACUUGCUGUAGGGCCUAAUCCGGUUGUAACAAGGGACGCCGUUGAUAUGGCUCGGGCAAUUCUUUCAGAAGAUGCUCGUGCUAAUGCUCCUUCAGCUUCUGCUAUGAGUAAGAAGUAUCGUGUUUCAAAGCGAAAGGCAGAAGCACUAGGCGACAUAGACUUAAAUUCAAUAAAUCCGCUACAGAUAAUUAUCCCUCAAUAUUUACAAGAAUAUGUAAUAUUAAAUGAGAAUACCAAUAUUGCCGGACAACAGAGAAAAGUAAUUGUACUUGCGACGCCUGGAACUCUGAAUUUGCUUGACGUAUAUCGUCUUCCUUUUUCAACCGGAAAUUUUCGGAUAUCCGGAACCGAACCGAUAUCCGAACCGAAAAAUCAUCGGUUCUUCGGUUCGGUUCGGUCCAGAACCGACAACCCUAGUCAGUAUCCAUCGAUGGAACGUUUAUGA